UAAACAACAACCGUUGUUCGGUGACGUAAGUAACCUAAGUAACCAUCAGCAGCGGCUAAUGGGUUUUCUCUGGUUUUCUUUUUGACAUUUUUGACGUACGUUAACGUCACUUUUCUUAAUCGGCGUGUUUUCGUUUUGUCUUUUUUUUGCAACAGAAAAAUGGCGGCCUUAAAAACUGAAAUUAAAGAAGAUAAAGAGAAUGAGGAGGACCAAGAACGCAUUGACGAUGGUGGAGUAGAAACAGAAAAUACGGAAACUUCCAAAAAGAAGAAAAAAAAGAAAAAGAAAAAAGUCGCUAAUGAUGAAGAUGGAAAAGUCGAAGAAAACAAUAAGCAGAUAUCAGCGGAAAACGGCGAAGUGGACGGUGAGGGUGACGGUGAUGGGGAAAAAAAGAAAAAGAAGAGAAAUAGGAAGAAGGGUGGUAAACCAAAACAAACAGACCCCCCUUCUGUCGCUAUAGCCGACUUGUUUCCCGAUAAUGUCUUUCCUAUAGGAGAAAUACAAGAAUAUGGUACAGAUAAAGAUGAUCGGACUGCCAAAGACCGAUUUUUGUCUGAAGAAAAGCGUGCGCUGGAUAGAAUGCAUAAUGAUAUCUAUAAUGAAGUGCGUCUUGCGGCAGAAGCCCACAGACAGACUCGCCAACACAUCCAGAAGUGGAUCAAACCAGGAAUGACUAUGAUAGAAAUAUGUGAAGAAUUGGAAAAUACUGCCAGGAAGCUAAUUGCUGAAAAUGGACUGAAAGCUGGACUUGCCUUUCCCACUGGAUGUUCAAAAAAUCACUGUGCUGCCCACUAUACCCCCAAUGCUGGUGAUAAGACUGUAUUUGAAUAUGAUGAUGUGGUGAAGAUUGAUUUUGGAACUCACAUUAAUGGAAGGAUAAUUGAUUGUGCAUUUACUCACACUUUUAAUCCCAAGUAUGAUAAAUUAGUUGAAGCUGUAAGGGAUGCUACUAAUACUGGUAUUAGAGCAGCAGGUAUCGAUGUUCAACUCUGUGAAAUAGGUGCACAAAUUCAAGAAGUAAUGGAAUCAUAUGAAGUUGAAUUAGAUGGAAAAACUUACCAAGUCAAAUCUAUAAGAAACUUGAACGGCCAUUCCAUAUCCCCUUACAGGAUACAUGCUGGGAAAACUGUACCAAUAGUAAAAGGUGGAGAAGCAACUGUCAUGGAAGAGAAUGAAUUUUAUGCAAUUGAAACUUUCGGUUCUACUGGUAGAGGUGUUGUACAUGACGAUAUGGAAUGUUCUCAUUAUAUGAAGAAUUUUGAUGUCUCUUAUGUGCCAUUAAGAUUGCAGUCUUCAAAAUCUCUUCUAAACAUCAUAAACAAGAACUUCGGUACACUGGCUUUCUGUAAAAGGUGGUUGGACCGUGCUGGAGCAACGAAAUACCAAAUGGCCUUAAAGGAUUUGUGUGACAAGAACAUCGUUGAUGACUACCCUCCAUUGUGUGACAUCAAGGGCUGCUACACCGCUCAGUUUGAGCACACAAUCAUGUUGAGACCGACCUGCAAAGAAGUUGUCUCCAGGGGGGAUGAUUAUUAGGAAGUUACCAAGAAAAUUUUUUAUCGAUUGAAAAUUAUUGAUGUCAGUUGUAAAUUACAAAUUUGGUAAAUACACUCGCGAUCAUGAAAAGGGGGUCACUCGAUGAAUUAUUCAAGUUAGAUGUCUCGAAUUUUUUAAACCUGUUGUCCGAUUUGAGUGAUUUUUUUAGUAUGUUAUAGCCUUAUUCUUUAACAAUAUCGCCAUAAUAAUAUUGUUGCUAGACAGGUAAAUUGUCAUUGUAUACCGGGUGUAACAAUCAUACUGUGUUUAUUCCUCAAAGUUCGAAACACCCCGUGGAAUGUUUUAGCAUAGAUAAAAUAUUGAAAUUAAAACUCGAUUGUAGCCUUAGGCUUUCUUAACAUUUUCUUUUUUGAUUUAUUUGUUUAUGUUGGAUAAUAAAAAAGUUAGGUACCUUAACAACGAACCAUGUUCUUCAUCAAUACAGGGUGUUUCUAAAUAAGUGCGACAAACUUUAAGGGGCAAUUCUGCAUGAAAAAAUAAUGACCGUUUGCUUUAUAAACGUAUGACCGCAAAUUCUUUAGUUUCGAGAUACGGGAUGUUGAAUUUUUUCUUACAAACUGACGAUUUAUUUAUUGCUCUAAAACCGGUUGAGAUAUGCAAAUUAAUUUUGGUAGAUGUUAAGAGGUAGUUAUGGCCCAUUUUGUGACAUACUAAUAAGAAUUUUAUAUUCACCA